AUGGAUCCAACAUCACGGACAUCCUCAAACACCCUCCCACCAGGCUCCGGCUCAGACACCGACGCACCUCACUUCGCCUCAGUAGUCUCCCACAACCGCACGCCUUCAAAUACGAACCGCCGCUCCUCGAUCGCCUCAAACGUCCUCCACCCAGUCGUCACGAAAGAAUCAGUCGACCCGGACCUGGACGUCAACCUGCCCUACCGCACUCUCUCGCCCAACGCGAACCUGGACGAGUACCGCGUCGAGACCAACGAUGGCCAGAUCCCCGGACCCCCGGCCGCGGCAGACGGCACGGCAGGCAACUACAAGCUCGUCACCUUCACGCCGGGCGACAAGCAGAACCCCAAGAACUGGAGCAAGGCCUACAAGUGGUACUGCACAAUGGUCGUCGCGCUGACCUGCUUCGUCGUCGCCUUCUGCUCCAGCGUCAUCACCGCAGACAUCGCCGGCGUCGCCAAGGAGUUCAACGUCAGCGAGGAGGCGGCGCUGGUGACUAUUACUGUCUUCGUCAUCGGCUUCGGCGUCGGUCCCAUGGCUUUCGCGCCGCUUUCGGAAAUCUACGGUCGCCAGGUCAUCUACGGCUCGACGCUGCUCAUCGCCGUCGUCUUCAUCAUCCCCUGCGCAGUGGCCAAGAACUUGGGAACCCUCAUCGUCUGCCGCGCAAUCGACGGCAUCGCCUUCUCCGCGCCCAUGACGCUCGUCGGCGGAACCCUCGCCGAUCUCUGGAGGAACGAGGAGCGCGGUGUUCCCAUGGCUGCAUUCUCUGCUGCUCCUUUCAUCGGCCCAGCCAUCGGCCCCCUCGUAGGAGGCUUCCUCUCCGACGCCACAGGCUGGCGCUGGCUCUACUGGAUCCAGCUCAUCCUCGCCUUCGUAGUCUGGGUGCUCAUCACCUUCACCGUUCCCGAGACGUACGCGCCGACGAUCCUCGCCCGCCGCGCGGCGAAGCUGCGCAAGUCCACGGGCGACGCGUCCCACGUCACCGAGCAGGACAUCGACAUGCGGCCGCUCUCCGAGCGUCUCGGCAUCUUUCUGAUCCGGCCCUUCCAGCUGCUCUUCCGCGAGCUCAUCGUCUUCCUCAUCUCCAUCUACAUGUCGGUCCUGUACGGCCUGCUGUACAUGUUCUUCGUCGCCUUCCCAAUCAUCUACCAGAAGCGCAAGGGGUACUCGGCCUCCUCCACCGGCCUCAUGUUCAUCCCGCUCGCCGUCGGCGUCCUGCUCUCCGCCGCCUGCUCCCCCUGGGUGAACAAGCACUACCUCAAGAUGGUCAAGAAGCACAACGGCAACCCGCCCGCCGAGAUGCGUCUCAUCCCCAUGAUGCUGAGCUGCUGGUUCAUCCCCAUGGGCCUCUUCAUCUUCGCAUGGACCUCCUACCCGCACCUGCACUGGGCCGGCCCCGCCUUUGGUGGUUUCCCCGUCGGUUUCGGCUUCAUCUUCCUCUACAACUCCGCCAACAACUACCUCGUCGACUCGUACCAGCACCAGGCAGCCUCGGCCCUGGCCGCCAAGACGUGUAUCCGUUCCUUCUGGGGCGCGGGCGUCGUGCUCUUCACCGAACAAAUGUACGAUCGCCUGGGUGAUCAGUGGGCGUCGACGCUUCUCGCCUUCAUCGGCCUGGCGUGCUGCGCCAUUCCCUUCCUGUUCUGGGUCUACGGUGCCAGGAUUCGCGCGAAGAGCAAGUACGCUUACUCCGGCGACGACGAUACCUCAGGAUCCGACGUGGAGAAGGCCAAGCCGCAGAAGAAUGCGCUGGCGCCUACUCGUACCUUUGAGGCCGCUUAA